CACAUCGCAAUCUGCAUUGGAGCAGUCCAUCCGUUCUACCUACAAGUUUCGUUGUUUAGCUUUUCGUUCCAGGCAGCUUAAUAAUUACUGUUAUGAAAUACAUUCGUCGAAAUAAUCAACUGUAAGGCCCUCUACUGUGUGGAAGAUCGAUUGUAGUGGACGAAUGUUUAUUCAAACAAAACUAUAUCGGCACGAAACGCUGACAUCAGUGAGAAACAUACACGUCGAGCUCUGACUGAAGCAAGUCCAUUGAUCGGCGAUCAGUUGUUUUCAGUGAGUGUUGUGACUAGACGUUGGGCAGCUGCAUCUGAGUGAAGAAAAUAAGAAAUAGUUCUUGUACGCCCCGAGAGAUUGUUUGAAUUAACAGCCAGCAUGGAUCGACUAGACGAAACAUGUCACAUGGAAAGCCUUAUUCAAUGGAUGCAAAAUAUGGCACUUCAAGAAAAUUCAAGGACAAAGGCAUUCGAGAAAUGUAAACACAAUAAACCAGAAUCACGAACUAAUGGGAGAAAGACAAAGCAUACCAUUUCAAAGAAUAAAAAGAACGUGGAAUCUAGCAGCGAUGCUCCAUUGUCAAAAAUUAAUAAUAAUCCCAAACACAUGAUUUCUACGGAGAAAAAAACUUUGUCUAUUAAUCCACGGCUGAGGCAAAGCAAAACCAAAACUUCAUCAAACGAAACAAAAUCGAAAAAGGACAAAGAGCUUGCAAUCGAUAAUAUCCCGCAAUCAACGAAGAAGCGCCCCACGUUUAAUCGGCAAUGGAUAACCAAACCUGUGGACACAAUCAUUCUGCUUCCACGCAGCUUGAAACCAAUUGAUCCAACUAAAGACUGUGUCAUUUGUCGAGAACGGUUCAGAUCAGAGCGGAUGUUUCGUAGCCAUGUAGCAACGGAUCAUGGGAGCGGAUUCAAGUUGGAUCAUUUGCUAAGCUUUGAUCCCCGCAAUCGACGAAUCGAUCGUCAGAUAUUCGAGCUGAGCUUGAAACAACUCCCAAUGGCAGUUCCCACGUUCGCCAUCACUGCCAAGAACGUAGCCACGGUGACCAUGCUUUUGAACUCGAUUUACAUCUUCGAUGGAAAUGUCCGACUAAUGCCGGUAUUUGCUGGUGAUCAGGUGCUUCGGAUGGUUCCAGGUUAUUCGUUCGAAGAAGAGGUUACGCUCGAUGAUUUGGUGCUCGUGAAUGAAAGGAGCUAUUCUCUCCUCAUCACAGCAACUCCUAUUAUUGAGGACAGUGCUACCAAGCGUCAAAUCGUCGAACAGUUUCACUUUACAGAGAAGGAAUCCAAAGUUAGGGUUAAAAAAACUGAGUUAAAAAUGGCGAAACUACCAUCAUACGACAUUCCCCGAUAUGUAGUUUUGCUUUACAAAUCCAAUUACAAGGUGAAUGAUUUAUAUACGGAUCACGAGAGGGAACUUCUAUUGCUGAUUAAGAAGUCUGAAAACCUUAAUUCACUCACGGCGGAGAAGUACUCUGAACAACUGGCUUUGCUUAAUUACUUGGAGGCCCAACACUUGCUCCAGGAGUAUUUCAACUAUACUAUUUUGGAACCCGUCAUCGUUGCGAAAGAUAAUUCCAGAUUUUUUAGUAUUUCGAUUGACCAGUUCAAACAGAAACCCUCGCUUCUGAACGAAGAAGUAAAAGUUGUUUUCAUGUCGGAAGGGAAACAUCGCGCAGAAAAAACCUACGGUUUCAUAGAUAACAUCUCCAAAGAGAAGAUAACAUUUCGGAUGCUGAAGUUCGUCGAUAAAGAUAAAGUAAAAAAGGUGAUGUUCUACCUGAAUCGAACGACAUUUGUGUUGGAGAAGCGUGCUCUGGAGCUUAUGAGGUCGACCCUUAUUAGAAGAAUUUGCUUCCCCGCAGCAGUUACAGGAGGUCCACUAGAGCAGCUUACCAGAUUCGAGUGGAUCCAGAAAAGCGUCGCCACCAAUGAGGAACAAAAAAUAGCUGUUCGAAAUAUUACCAAUCAAACUUCGUUUCCGGCGCCGUAUAUUUUGUUUGGACCUCCAGGAACAGGAAAAACUACUACUCUUGUGGAAGCUAUCGGCCAAAUAUAUAAACUGCGCCCAACGGUGAAUAUUCUGGUGGCGGCAACGUCAAACUAUGCCGCAAAUGAACUCACUAGUCGCCUCCUAAAUAUCAUUCCGGAGGAGACCAUCUUUCGAUUUUUUGCAUCUUCGUUUCUAAAAAAAAUGGAGGAUACCGAUGUGGAUGUCCUCGAUGUUUCCAAUCUAGCCGGUCAAAUUUACAGCAACAUAUGCUACGAAGACAUCUACAUGUGUCGCGUGACGGUGGCUACACUUACUACAGCCGGUAGACUAAUCCAGGCCAACAUAAAAUCCAAACAUUUCAGCUAUGUGUUUAUCGACGAAUGUGGGAGUGCCAAAGAGAUUUCAUCACUUAUUCCGAUUGCUGGUCUGGCCACAAACGGCGAUGAUAUCAAUGCAAGUAUUGUACUGGCAGGCGAUCCAAAGCAACUGGGACCGGUCAUUCCAUACGAGUUUCUCAAGCAAACAACGCACAGCCUGUCUAUGCUGGAAAGAAUGAUGAAUCUGCCACUGUACGCCAGAAAUAAAGCUACUAAGCAAUACAACACUGAUGCCAUAAUGCAGCUUCGUGACAAUUUCAGAUCCCACGACAACUUGCUGCAGUUCUGUAACCAAGAAUUCUACGAAGGCCAACUUAGGGCCAAAGCACCACACGAAAUAAAAUCGAAAGCUGUUGGGUGGUGGCGCUUGCCCAAUAGGAAUUGUCCGCUCAUUUUCCAUCCGAUCGUUGGGAAAACUAAAAAGGAUGAUCUGACGACCAGUAUGUUCAAUAAAGACGAAGCCAAUCAAGUCAUGUUCUACGUUUCGGACUUGCUGAACAAUGGCAUUAAUGGAAGGCAAGUUAAUCAAAGCGAUAUCGGCAUUCUGUCGCCAUACGCACGGCAAGUCACCCUACUGAAGCAGCUUUGCUCAGCCAAAACGUGGCAUGAUAUUGAAAUCGGUUCAGCAGAACAGUACCAAGGCAGAGAAAAAACGAUCAUAAUCAUAUCAACCGUACGGUCAAGCUGUAACAGCGUUGGAUUUUUGGCUGACCCUAAGCGACUAAAUGUGUCCCUUACCAGAGCAAAAUCACUCAUGAUUGUGAUCGGCAAUAUGAAAACGCUUGAACAGGAUCCUUUGUGGGAGAAGUUUAUUGCUUACUGUCGGCAAAAUAAUGCUAUCGCUCAAGCAUAUGACAGCAAACAACGUAAGGAUAGAAAGUCAUUGAAUUCCAGUUCUAACUUUGUCAAAAAGACCAAUAAGACCAAUAAGUCCAGUUCCAGUACACCCACGAAGACUGAAAAAGCCAAAAAAAAUGGAAAAAUGUCAAAAAAUUUAAAUUUGAUCGCAAAUGAAAUGUCAUCUUCGGAAUCUGACGAAGGCGAGGUAAAUUGGACAAACCUUGAGCGCGAGCUCAUUCAAGCCCUAGUACGCGGCAUGUACAGUAGUGAUUAUAAUUCAGUUAUUGAUUAAAUUUCGAAUCGUUAUCUCAUUAAAAAAAAGUACAAAGCGUCAUCAUAAAGUAUUUUGCUGAAAUGUGAUAUAUUAUAAAAUAUUUUAUUUCCAUUAUGUAGAUUGAUGCUGUUUAAUGAUUGUUGACAAUAAACCGUUUAAAGUAUAGCAGAACUUGCAAUACUUUCCACAUA